AUGGAUGGAUGGAGUGCGUGGGGCGAAUGGAUUUUGAAGAAGGAAGAGGAAAUGGAAGUGCAGGAAGGGAAGGGAGUGAAGGGGAAAAGCGAGAGAGGAUUUGAUCCUCAAUUUUUUGAUGCCGAAGUUGUUGAAGGACCCUCAGGAGAGGAAAAGAGAGAAAAAGAGACAGAAACAAAGAUGAAUAAUAUUUACGGUAUGCACCCAAGGUGUGUGGUAGAUGCUGACGAUAUGAGCAACACCAUCAUUGUCAUUGUAACCUCAGACGGCCGUUUUAGUACGGAAGCAACGUGGAAAUGUAGAUUGGGACGCUGUCAAAUCAGUUCCGACUCCCUAAACUUUGGUUCAUAUGAGGAGAAAGGGGCACCAAGAGGUCCACACCUUGGUGUCGGCAACCAGUGA